GUCAUUCAAAGACGCGCGAAGAUUCACUGCGAAUGGCAACACAGCUGUAAGCAAGUGUGCUGUCCACUUGUUUUGCAUUGAAUAGCGAGGUAAACAAAAAUUGAAAGUUACUGUAAUGGAAUUUCGUGUAUUGGAACUUUUCAGUGGCAUUGGCGGCAUGCAUUAUGCCUUUAAAUAUGCACAGCUAAAAGGCGACGUAGUCGCCGCUCUGGAUGUAAACACAGUCGCCAAUACGGUCUACGCGCAUAAUUAUAAGGAAACGAACGUAAAGACACGCAAUAUACAGAGCUUAAGUGUAAAGGAAGUCACCAAGCUGCAGGCUAACAUGCUGCUAAUGUCACCGCCCUGUCAACCGCAUACUCGCCAAGGCUUACAACGAGAUGUGGAGGACAAACGAUCAUGUGCUUUAUCUCACCUCUGUUCCUUGAUACCACAGUGUGAAACGCUGCGUUAUGUUCUCAUGGAGAAUGUGAAAGGAUUUGAAGUGUCCCAAGCGAGGGAACAAUUUAUCGAGGCACUUGAGAAAGGAGGUUUCCAUUGGCGAGAGUUUAUACUGACGCCUACACAGUUUAAUGUGCCCAACACACGACAUCGCUACUAUUGCAUAGCACGACGAGAUCAGGAUUUUCCCUUUGAAUCGGGGAAGAUCUGGGAGAAAAUGCCAUUAGAAAUAGUCGACCCACAUCAACAGCAAAUUGCCAUGAUAUCCAGUAUUGUGGAGUCCAGUGCCUCAAGUGACUAUUUGGUGCCCGAUGACGUGCUAAUGAAGCGAGUUUUAGUCAUGGACAUUAUCCAUCCAGCGCAGAGCAGAUCCAUGUGCUUCACCAAGGGUUAUACCCACUAUACUGAAGGCACGGGUUCUGCUUUUACUCCACUCUCUGAAGAAGAAUCGCAUCGCAUUUUUAAGGCAGUUCAAGAAAUUGACAUGGAUCCGAAUAACAGUGGCUGUGACCCAGAGACACAACAAAAGCGCCUUGAGCUGUUACGUCAAGUUAAAUUACGAUAUUUUACACCACGAGAAGUCGCAAGGCUGAUGAGUUUUCCCGAAGAUUUUCAAUUUCCCGCGGAGACAACGAAUCGCCAAAAAUACCGACUGCUUGGCAAUAGCAUUAAUGUUUGUGUUGUAGGCGAACUACUAAAAUUGUUGACAAAUUCGUAAUCGUUGCAUUUACAAAAUUACUUUGCUUAGCAUAAAAUAAACAUAUUUUUGUUAAAAUGAAAUCAA